AUGCAACGCACUUGGGCCCUCAACCGCGAUACAAACGAGACCAAGAUCCAAGUCUCUAUCAACUUGGACGGCGGCGAACUUGCGCCCUACCCGCACAGCGACUUCUGGGCCGCCCUCGACAAGGCCAAUCUCAAUGGCGAAGGCGAGAAGGAUCAUGCUACCCAAAAGUCUGCAUCGCAGGAGAUUUCUGUCGACACCGGCAUCGGCUUCCUCGACCACAUGAUCCACGCCAUGGCUAAGCACGCCGGCUGGAGUCUGCGCAUACGAUGCAAAGGCGACCUGCACAUUGAUGACCACCACACGAGCGAAGACACUUUCUUAGCGCUCGGCUCGGCAUUCAGGAAUGCGCUACAGGGUAGCACGGGACUUGCACGCUUUGGACACGCAUAUGCGCCACUGGACGAGGCCCUGUCGCGAGCCGUCAUUGACUUGUCAAACCGGCCGUACAGUGUCAUUGAGCUGGGGCUCAAGAGGGAGAAGAUUGGCGACCUGAGCUGCGAAAUGAUUCCGCAUUGUCUGCAGAGCUUUGCUCAGGCGUCGGGUACCACACUACAUGUGGAUUGCAUCAGGGGUGAUAAUGAUCACCACCGGGCGGAGAGUGCGUUCAAGGCACUUGCGGUGGCAAUCAGACAUGCGACGACGGUGGUGAAGCAGUGGGAGGGCGAGGUUAGGAGUACAAAGGGCGUGCUGUAUUAG